CGGCAUUGCCCCUCCCCCUCCUCUCUCUCUCUAGCCUUGCUCUCUUUCUCUCUCCUCGGGAGGUUUCCUCCUCCUCCUCCUCCUCCUCCUCCACCUUCACCCCCAUUGCCUUUGGGCUAUAUAGGGCGGGCUUGGAUUGGAAAGGGAGCUCCCAGCAAGCUUGAACCCGCCAAAACCUCAUCUUUUUCUACUCUUCCCCACGCGCUUCCCGCCGCCACCGACGUCGCCGUCUAGGAUCAAAUGCGGCGAGAUCUGCGCGCGUGACGCCGUCGGCCGCCGGAGCCUGCUCCCUCUGAGUUUCGGACCAGGGAGCGCUUGGUGCUGGAUCUCUCCGGUGGUUCAGGACAGUGGAAGAACAAGGAUAAGCUUGCUGUUUGUGAGCUGCAGACUCCAAAAGGAUGGACCAAUAUGAGGUAUUGGAGCAAAUUGGAAAAGGAGCAUUUGGCUCUGCACUUUUGGUGAGGCACAAGGUGGAGAAGAAGAAGUAUGUGCUCAAGAAGAUACGACUUGCGCGACAAACGGACCGCACUCGCAGGUCUGCCCAUCAGGAGAUGCAGCUUAUUGCAACAGUCAGGAAUCCAUUUAUCGUGGAGUACAAAGAUUCAUGGGUGGAAAAGGGUUGCUACGUUUGCAUUGUUAUAGGUUACUGUGAGGGAGGAGAUAUGGCUGAUGCUAUCAAAAGAGCCAAUGGUAACCACUUUUCUGAGGAGAAACUCUGCAAGUGGCUUGUGCAGCUUCUCAUGGCUCUUGAUUAUUUGCAUGCAAAUCACAUUCUUCAUCGUGAUGUGAAGUGCUCCAAUAUAUUUAUUGCCAGAGAUCAAAGUAUACGCCUUGGUGAUUUUGGGCUUGCAAAAAUACUGACUUCAGAUGACCUUGCAUCUUCUGUGGUCGGAACUCCAAGUUAUAUGUGCCCGGAACUUCUUGCUGAUAUACCAUAUGGUACCAAAUCCGAUAUUUGGUCCCUAGGAUGUUGCAUAUAUGAAAUGAGUGCUCUCAGGCCUGCAUUUAAAGCUUUUGACAUGCAAGCUCUGAUUAACAAAAUCACAAAGUCGAUAGUAUCACCAUUGCCCACGAGAUAUUCUGGUGCCUUUAGGGGGCUUAUCAAGAGCAUGCUAAGGAAAAGUCCAGAGCACAGACCAAGUGCUGCAGAACUGCUAAAGCAUCCGCAUCUUCAGCCUUAUGUGCUUCAAGUCCAGUUGAAGUCUAGUCCUUCUCGCAACAUGUCUCCAAUCUAUCAGUCUCUGACAGACAAAGUUAAGAAGAUGACAUUUCCUAGCGAUGUAACUGAUUCUGUGCGAAGAAGGGUGGCAAGAAGAAACUCGUUGGGAAAUGAGAGGACUGUAACAUUCUGCAAACCAUCUCCUGAGCGGAACUCUAUUAGCUCUACUCGGAGCAUCAAAGAAUAUACAACUACUCAGAGUGUCAAAGAGUUCUCCAUCGACAGCAGUCAAGUUGAUGAUGAGGUUACCAGUAAAGCUGUUAUAACAAAGACAUCAGGCAUUCUAAGGACUCCCAAGAGUACUCCUUCCAAGUCAUUGACAACUAGAAAUUGGCUGGAUCCUCCAAAAACAUCUUAUAGCAGAACAAACCACAGCGAGCUGUCCUCAAGAACACCUCUAAACAAAAGCGCCCGUACAGCUCGAAGAGCAUCCCUCCCGCUGCCAACAUAUGGAACGCCAAGCAACCGCACCAUCAGCAUCCUGGACCGGCUAGACUCCCCAGACGUGUCCGUCAAUGCACCUCGAAUCGACAGAAUCGCGGAAUUCCCUCUGGCUUCAUCCGAGGACCCCUUGGCCCCGAUCAACAACAAGCUCUCUCCAGCUCCCGGCUACGGCUCGUGCUCCACGCCUCCCUCCAUCAACCGAUCGAUCACCAAGGACAAGUACACGGUCCAGGUGCUGCACACCGGCGAUGGGGACAACGGGAGCGACUCCUCAGGGCGCAAUGCUACCGCCGCGUCGAGCAGAGGGUCCAACGACUCGAGGCUGCAGCGGUUCGACACCUCGUCGUACCAGCAGCGCGCGGAGGCCCUGGAGGGGCUGCUGGAGUUCAGCGCCCAGCUGCUGCAGCAGGAGCGGUAUGAGGAGCUGGGCAUCCUGCUGAAGCCGUUCGGCCCCGAGAAGGCGUCUCCCAGGGAGACCGCCAUCUGGCUCACCAAGAGCUUCAAGGAGACGGCAUCAUAGCCGCCUCCUUGUUGCGGUAUGGACAUAGUCACCAGUUUUGUAAUGCGCAAUGUAGUAGCUCAGGUAGUUUAAGCUAUGUUAGGACCCAAGUUUAGCUUCUGAAAGGCAACACCAGCUCAGUGUUGGCAUAACUUAAACUCUCCAUCCUCUAGCCAAUUCCCAGCUUGCAUGUAGGUAAGUUCAACAACCAGUAGUAGCUGUAGAACCCCAAGCUGAACCCCCAGGAUCUGGCAAAGAUCCUGAACCUUGUUGUAACCAAAUCAUCAUGUGUAACUCUCAAUCAUCAUGUAGUACUAAAUUGGAGUGCUGGAGAUCCAGUUGGCAGUAGGUUGGUUGGGUCUCCAUCACCCCCAUCUUGUGAACAAAGGCUGAAGAAUCCUAUGCUGCAGGGAUCCCCUGAUCCCAGCUUUCCUCUGACUAAA